UCCUUAAGCAGUGCAGUUCCAGGAAAAAGUAAACUUUUCCUUGCCAGCACAAAAAGCCUCAACCCUUCGCCAAUCCCCACAAGGAACUGUGAUGAACAAGUGCAGGUUAUGUCGACACCUGGACUUUUUCCACUGACCCUUGCUCUGUGCUUUGGCUUCCCCAGGUGAUUGCAGUGGAGCACUGAGGUGGCACGGGCCAGCAGGGCUCUGGCUGGGCUGAUUUUUAUCAGCUCUGCCUCUGCUUUGGGGAGAGGCCAGGGAAGUUUGCUCUUUCUGCUUAUGCUAGUCUGCAACUGUAGGUUGUUUCCCAGCCUCGAUCCCAUGUACUGAAGGUUAGAGUGCUUGUCCAGUCUGUGAGUGCCCCGGUGCAGUUCUCUCAGGUGGACCGGAGUUGAGGCUGUUGUCUACUUCCUGAAUACCAGGGAAUGAAGGCUUUCUUGAAGUAUGGAAGGUUGAGAGCUCUUUCACUCGGUAUAAUGUAACUCACACACACGCAGGAACUAGAAAUGGAGUGCAGGUCAUGGUCUUCCAUAUGUAGGGCCUGGUGAAGGUAGUUGUGAUGAGGCAGUUCUCGAAAUGCCUUGUUUAUGCACCCUGUUGCUCUUCAGGUAUUUAGGAAUCUAUGUAGGCAUCCAGCAGCUCUAGACUAGAUGCCAACUCAAAACCACCAAGACAUAACGAAGUCUUUCUUAUCGAGCACAUAUUCACUUGUCAGGAGAACUCUGUUGCAAGAGACUGAGGUGUCAGGGAUAUAGGCAUUGCCAGGGCUGGGUGGAAGCAGGGCAGUGGUUUUGCAGACCCGUAUUUUGGACUGGGGCCCCAGGUUUCUUCUGUGAGUCCAGCCCUGAGCAGAACAAUGGCUGUUUGCUAUAGGGCCUAUUGAAGAUACCGCCCAACUUAAGGACUUCAGUGGAGAAGGCCAUGGAUGCAGUCUCCCCUUUCACUGUUGUACUGUCUGUUCCUCUUCAUUGAUUGGAAUUAUGGCCAAAGUUUCCACUUUGUGGCUAAAUUACAAACUGUGAGGUCUAUCCAAGAAUAAAUAAGCCUGCCUGUACGCAGAUGAAAACUUUGCUUAGUGAUGAAUCACUCUGUCACACUGUCUUUUAUUGAAUCUGCUUCAUUCUUCUGGGACCCAUUAGUGAUAAGAGUACAGUGUUAGCUUUGUUUCCAGCACGAGGCAAGCUCACAUCAGCUGCUGAGAUCACACUAUGGCAUGUGACUGCACUGGUUAGUGAAAUUUGAAAGAACAAAGUGUUUCAUCCCAGGGCGAUCACCUGGUGCGCUGACUUCAGUCCCCUGCUGCUGGGGGCAUUGACCAGGUUGUUUGGAUUUGAUUUUAAAGUUACAUUUUUAGGGCAAAUAGGAUAUAAAUCCAUGUUACAGUUUAACUGUUGUUCAUAAAAUUGGAAUGGGUCUUAAGUCAGUGCACGUGAUCUAUAAUGCAUAUAUUGUGAUUUGGCUAGUGGUCAAAACAGAGCUAGCUACAUAUGGAAGUCAGUAGGCCUGGUGCAGUAUAUUCUGGAAUAUAUAUUGCUGUUAUAAGCUCAUAUUUGUACAGGCACAGGAGCACAGGGCUCUGAACUGUCACCAUGAGAAAGGUGAAAGUAACGCUGGUGCCUCUGGGUUGGUGUUCUGCUGAAGCGAUUCCUGUGAUACAGCACAUCUUCAAGACUGGUAUGACGUGGAUGCUGUCACAAAACCAAACACCUACUGAAGAGAGCGCAUCACUACAAGGAAACAAGAAGUCCGAGACCAUGGCAGGGAAACCCAAGCUGCACUAUUCCAACGGAAGGGGGAGGAUGGAGUCAAUCCGAUGGCUGUUAGCAACAGCUGGGGUUGAGUUUGAGGAACAAUUCAUAGAAAAGAAGGAAGACCUAGAAAAAUUACGCAACGAUGGAUACCUGCUAUUUCAGCAAGUGCCCAUGGUGGAGAUCGAUGGGAUGAAGAUGGUGCAGACAAGAGCCAUUGGCAGCUACAUAGCAGCAAAGUACAACCUCUAUGGAAAAGACCUGAAGGAGAGAGCCUGGUACAGUAACAGUGCAUACUAUCCUUACUAAUACUCUUCCAUAGCUUUUAAUAUUUAUGAGCAGAAUAUUGUUUUGAAAUAUCUGCAUGUAGAGGUGCCUAUACAUCUGCUCGUGCUUUGCCUCCUCAGAUCCAGGGAUUGGGUGAAUGGACUUUGUGAUAGAAAAAUGAUUGUUAAUUGUCAACAUGGUGAGAAUGUCAUGGUUGCCUUCAGGCUCAUUUGAUUUCACAGAGACCAGAAGGGCACUAAGUUCCUGGGCAACUGCAAGACCUUUACACGAUAAUAAUUA